UCUUAGAUAAGAACUUCGCAAGCGACUUGGAGAAGCCCACCGGAGACGUAGAUGAAGGACAGAGCUUAGGAGGAGCCUACCGGAAACGUACUCAGGGUCGCUUGGUGGUUGCAUCGACACGUAGUCCGACCCCUCCCUAUCUUUUCCUUGCUGCCGCAACACUACAAAUACGAGAAAUUUUUACUUGCCUUUGA